AUGGUGCCACCGCAGUUGCCUCCUCACUUUAGUUCCGCUUCUCUUCCGCUGCCAUACCCCGGCGACCGGCAUGGAGUGAAAAGGCGGCGAGCGGAUGAUGGGCGAAGUGGAGGAAGUGAUGAUACAACAUCUGGGAUCGGUCUCUCUAUGCUCCCCCAAACAUCUCAUGCUGACGAGCAACACUCCUCCGAGAUGCUUUUGCCUGCUCCGGGCGAUCAUUCAUCUCACCAUCAACAUUCUAUACAACACGACUACCACCAAACAUCUCCUAUUCAUCAACAACACCACCAUCACAGACUACCUUCCCAGGCUACGCUGGCUGCAGUUCAGGGCGGCGAUGAGCUGACAUCCCCUGGUGGAGGCACGGGUUCGCAGAGUGUCGUCGGCCAACCGGGCAUGCCUGACCCUGCUCCUCGUCCGAGGGGUCCAAAAUUGAAAUUCACACCGGAAGACGACAGCCUGCUCGUGGAGCUGAAGGAGAACAGAAACCUGACGUGGAAACAAAUCGCUGAGUUCUUCCCUGGUCGGACCAGCGGGACCCUGCAAGUACGAUAUUGCACCAAACUGCGGGCCAAAGCAACAGUUUGGACGGAUGAAGCAGUGCAACGCCUGCGUAACGCAAUUCAAGACUACGAAAACGAUCGCUGGCGUAUCGUUGCGACAAAGGUCGGCAGUGGAUUCUCGCCCGCGGCAUGUCGAGAGAAAGCCGGGGAAAUUCCUUCCUCGAACCCACCACCGAUUUAA